AUGGAACCAAACGAGUGUCCGAAACGUCGUUCUCAAUAUACUCCUGUCUAUGUCCUGAUACCUUCUUCGUCCUCCAUGGAAGAUGAUGAAAAGGACCUCAAACCUUUGCACAUACAACAUUUAUUUUUGUAUUUAUCUCAUGUAGGCAUCGAGCUGGGUGAUUGUUUCUGGCCGAUCGAUUCGGGUGAGGGCUCAAAGCCUCGCACAAUGUGGGCCUACAAGCCGAGAGAAUGUGUGCCGUUCAACUACUCCGAACCCGGUGGCAACGCUAGUCACUUCAAAAGCAAGGAAAAGUGCGAGGAAAUAUGCAGCCCUUUUAUCAUUAAAAAAUAG